UGGAGGGGCCGGACGGGCCCCCGCAGCCGUGGGGAGCGGUGGGUUCGGCGCGUCCUGGGCGUGGGGCUUCGGUGGAAGUACCUCAGGUCGGCUGAAAAGGAGUGGUGUCUCCAGGCCGUUGUUGGUCACACAGGAGCCGAAGGCGGCCCUCGGGGUGCUGAAGCGGGGCCGUGGCAGGCUGCGGGCCGGGGAGAGUGCUGUAUACAAAUCUACCUCAGCUUUUUCAUAAGCAGACAUGGCUGUUACACUGCAUACUGAUGUUGGAGAUAUUAAAAUUGAACUAUUCUGUGAGCGUACACCAAAGACUUCUGAAAAUUUCCUGGCUCUUUGUGCUAGUAACUACUACAAUGGAUGUAUAUUUCACCGGAAUAUAAAGGGCUUCAUGGUUCAGACAGGGGAUCCAUUAGGCACUGGGAAAGGAGGUAACAGCAUCUGGGGCAAGAAGUUUGAAGAUGAAUUCAGUGAAUACCUGAAGCACAGCGUCCGUGGGGUGGUUUCAAUGGCAAACAACGGUCCAAAUACCAACGGAUCACAGUUCUUCAUCACGUACGGCAAGCAACCGCACCUAGACAUGAAGUACACUGUGUUUGGAAAAGUUAUUGAUGGCUUGGAGACCCUGGAUGAGCUGGAGAAGCUGCCUGUGAAUGAGAAAACCUACCGACCUCUUAAUGAUGUUCGCAUUAAAGAUAUUACUAUUCAUGCCAACCCUUUUGCUCUGUAGCCACAGAGCGCCUCGACACAUUCUUGAGACUGGUCAGACCGACUGCUGGAUGAUGGGGUUUAAAGUGUCAUUAAAAAGGGUUAUUUGAGCUGAAUCAUACCUUUGCUCAUUGAAUGCAGGAUUUUCAGGAGUUGUGGCAUUGUUUGGGAGCUGUCACAGUGGAAUCUUACGCUUUCGAAGACAGCUUUUCCCAAGCAUCUUCCAGGAUUUUGAUUUUUAAACAUUGCUUUUUAUACUUGUAUAAUAAGAAAAUACUUUAAAAAAUAUAUAUUUUUUUGCAAA